UCUUGCCAGAAUCGUGGCCAUGGCGACGUCGGCAGAUGUGAAACGACUUUUUGGGAAGUUCGCAGACCAUCGUGGCCUGGUGGAACGUGCCUGGCUGCUGCGGGUGGUUUGUGGAGUGGCACCAAUGCUUUCUGCGAGACAGGUAGAGAUCCUGUUUUCCAAGCUCUUGGGCACUGCUCCUUCAAUCGAGUAUGAUGUUUUCGUCGAUGCCAUAUUCGCACAAAGGUGUCAGCAGGCUGAUCCAGGUCCAGAGACGAAGUUGCCAUCGGAGGUGAUUCUACGCGCCGUCACCACACGCAGUGACUGGCAGCUGCCAUUGGCCUUGGCGCCUCUGCGGGAACAGCUGGAAGUGCUGGGAGCCAAGGCUCCAGUGUCUGUCAUCAUGGAGAUGGGCUCCGAGGCGUACAUUGCAGUUUGCAAUGCCGAACUGAAGGAGCUGUGCCGUGCUGCAUCUGUGGAUCGCCUUUUGCAGGUUUCAACUCCAGACGAUUCUCGCUUGGCAGCCUGUGAAUUGAAGCAUAAUGAAGCAUAUAUGUAUGCAUAUGUUGCAAACAUUUGCAAAGUAUAUUCUCUCUAAUUCCUGACCAAAGUGCCUU